AUGUCAAAUUCUACUGAUUGGAUGCAGUUCUACCAACAUAACUUAUCCGGGCAACCUCAAAACACCCCAAGUUUUAACGGAAGUGUGUCUGAGAGUGUAAUGGUGGCCAACGCCACUGCCGGUGGUGCCACGGCGCCUGCGCAAAGCAAUUUGAGUCCAAGUUACUAUAACUUGGACAUGGAGGGUGGUCGUGCUUCAAGACCUCUCAGAAGGCGAUCAAGAGCCUCGAGGCGAACCCCGAUUACGCUGCUUAACACUGAUACUAGCAAUUUUAGAGCCAUGGUGCAGCAGUUCACAGGGGGUCCGAGUUCUUCAUUUGCAUCUAGGCCUGAGUAUACCAAUGGAAUAAACUUUGGUUUUGGACAUGGAACUCAACAAAUUAUGAACCCAUCUGCAGCCAUGCCUCCUCGUGGAUUUCAAGUGCAAUUCCAAAGACAACAGCAACAGUAUCCAAAUCAUCAACAACACAGUUUCAAUUCACUGAACAAUAACAUUCAGGGUGAUGCUGCUGCUUUUCUGCACAAAUUCAGGCCUAACAUGGAGGUGGAGGCCUCUAGUGGCUUGGUCAAAAAUGGUGGCUCAGCCCACUUGCCACCGUCCGAGGGCGGCGCGCGCCGUGGUGGCUUCCACCAAUGA